GCGAGGGCCGGGUCGGCGGGGGUGGGGUCGACGCAGGGUCCAGCUCCGGCUCCGCGGCCAUCGCUGCCUGCGUGGUCCGCUCGCUGGCCGCUCCCCGCCCUCCCGGGCCCGUGGCGCUGGGCGGCGUCGCGGCCUCGCUCGGAGGGGCUCCGCGGCUUCAGGGGCUGGGCCUCCGGCGCGGCGCCAUGGAGGGCGCCGCCGCCGCGCUGUGAGUCCGAGGCCGGGGCCGUGGCGCGGGGCGGCGGCGGGGCCGGUCCGGUCCGCUCAUGGUGCCGCCACGACGCCUCCGCUGGGCAGGGAGGCCAGGUGCGUUGAGUUCUUCACCGCCGUUUAGACUCCCAUCCGCCAAGUUUGCAGGCAUUGCUCUUGAAGAUCUCAGAAAGGCCUUGAAAAUAAGACUGCAAAUGGUGUGUGUAUUUAUCAUGAACCGAAUGAACGCUCAGAGCAGUGGUUUCACUCAGCGCAAGCGCAUGGCUCUUGGGAUUGUUAUUCUCCUGCUUGUGGAUGUGAUAUGGGUCGCGUCCUCAGAACUCACUUCCUAUGUUUUUACUCAGUACAACAAACCAUUCUUCAGCACCUUUGCAAAAACAUCGAUGUUUGUUCUGUACCUUUUGGGUUUUAUUGUUUGGAAGCCAUGGAGACAACAGUGUACAAGAGGAUUUCGAGGAAAGCAUGCUGCUUUUUUUGCAGAUGCUGAAGGUUAUUUUGCUGCUUGCACCACAGAUACAACUAUGAAUAGCUCUUUGAGCGAACCUUUGUAUGUUCCUGUGAAAUUUCAUGAUCUUCCCAGUGAAAAACCUGAGAGCACAAAUAUAGAUACUGAAAAAACUCCCAAAAAGUCUCGUGUAAGGUUCAGUAAUAUCAUGGAGAUUCGACAGCUUCCAUCAAGCCAUGCACUGGAAGCUAAGUUGUCUCGCAUGUCACAUCCAACUGUGAAAGAACAAGAAUCCUUACUCAAAACUGUGGGGAAACUUACUGCAACUCAAGUAGCAAAAAUUAGCUUUUUUUUUUGCUUUGUGUGGUUUUUGGCAAAUUUGUCAUAUCAAGAAGCACUUUCUGACACACAAGUUGCCAUUGUUAACAUUUUGUCCUCAACUUCUGGACUUUUUACCUUAAUCCUUGCUGCAGUAUUUCCAAGUAACAGUGGAGAUAGAUUUACUCUUUCUAAAUUAUUAGCUGUAAUUUUAAGUAACAACUGUUAUUCUCAUAGCAUUGGAGGUGUUGUGCUGGUAAACCUGUCGGGGUCUGAAAAAUCUGCUGGAAGGAAUACAAUAGGUUCCAUUUGGUCUCUUGCUGGAGCCAUGCUCUAUGCUGUCUAUAUUGUUAUGAUUAAGAGAAAAGUAGACAGAGAAGAUAAGUUGGAUAUUCCGAUGUUCUUUGGUUUUGUAGGCCUGUUUAAUCUGCUGCUCUUAUGGCCAGGUUUCUUUUUACUUCAUUAUACUGGAUUUGAGGACUUUGAAUUUCCCAAUAAAGUAGUAUUAAUGUGCAUUAUCAUUAAUGGCCUUAUUGGAACAGUUCUCUCAGAGUUCCUGUGGUUGUGGGGCUGCUUUCUUACCUCAUCAUUGAUAGGCACACUUGCACUAAGCCUUACGAUACCUCUGUCCAUAAUAGCUGACAUGUGUAUGCAAAAGGUGCAGUUUUCUUGGUUAUUUUUUGCAGGCGCUAUCCCUGUAUUUUUUUCAUUUUUUAUUGUAACUCUCCUAUGCCAUUAUAAUAAUUGGGAUCCUGUGAUGGUGGGAAUCAGAAGAAUUUUUGCCUUUAUAUGCAGAAAACAUCGAAUUCAGAGGGUUCCAGAAGACAAUGAACAGUGUGAGAGUCUUAUUCCUAUGCACAGUGUUGCUCAGGAGGAUGGAGCUAGCUAGCUGUUGUCAGUCGUCCAGCUUGACAAUGGAACAUCAUAUAGCGAAGAGACAAUCUCUGGCAAGAUUUUGGAGAAAAAUGUUUCAGUGCCUAGUCUGAAAAAUAACAUUUUCAGUUCUUUGGAACUCUAAAAUAUAUUUUCCUCAUAUUGUUGUUCUUCAUUUUCAUAAUGAAGUACUUGCUAUGUCGCUGAGUACAUCCCUACAGUUAUAGGAAGUUUCAGCCUGCAAUCUGUCUAAAGGACCACCUGCCUUACACAUCUCAAGGAAUUCAGUUGAUGAAAUAAUCUGAACUAAUCAAGGAAUAAAAUCCUAAUGUCUGGAAACUUUAUCUUCACCUAUUAUUUGUUAAAUGCUGGACUGUGUUAUGAAAAUGUUUUCAAGAAAUUGUUUAGUAUAUAGAUCAGUGUUUGUACAGGUAAAAUGCUAAAUUAAGCUACCUAUAAUAGGUAUAGAUUAUAUUUCUGAGUUUUGUAGAAUAUUGCAAAUUAACACAAAAAUGUUUAAUUUAUAUGACAAGUAUAUUUACACAAAUUUGGUUAGACUUCAGAAAAAAUAUUUGAGAAAAGAUUUGGUUCACUUACACUACAUAUACUGUGUUAUACUUUCAUAGCAUUAGGUGCCUUGUAUUUUAAAUCUGUGACAAACCAUGACAAAUUUUUAAAGGGGAUAUAUUGUAAAAUGAAGAAUCAUGUAUAAUAUUUCUAAAACCUGUAUUGCUGUAAAUUUAAUCGAUAAAGCUCUGCUUAAUUUAGAGUUUUGAAGAAAUAUUCUCUCUUCAAUUAAGACAUUUUCAUAAUGGAAUGAUUUAAAUUGAAGUGAUAAAAGAGUAUUAUUAAAAUAAAAUGUUUAUAUAUAUGUGUGUAUUAUAGAUCUAUCAGUUGGUUUCUGAUUUUUUUUCACAUAAAAAUGUGCCACAUUA